GAUUUAUUUUAGAAAACAAGUACUAACAACAUUUUUUUUAUUUUUUAGAAAACAAGUACUAAAGUAAUACUUUGGAGACUUCCUGUUUCCGGCAGUGACAUGUGGUAGGAGACAAAGAGACUCUACAAAACCAACCAAAAGGCUCUUUAAAUGUAACAAGAUACUACGAAGAAAGUUAAAUCGAUGAAAACGCGUCAAGGUGGGAGAAAGAAAAAGUGUUCGAAGAUGAAAGAAGCCAGUGAAGAGCCGCAGUUGACGGUGGAAAGUCAGUCGCUGCCGCGACAUGAGUUCGACUUGUUGGGAGAAAUACGCUCCCUCUGGCAAGAACACAAACAAGCCACAACUGAAAAUAAGCAGGGACUGGCACGUGUGGAGAAAAGUAUUGGCGAGGUCAUAACACGAUUGUCUGUGGUUGAAACAAGAAUUUCGGAGGUAGAGGACCGUGUGGGACAAACAGAGGACCGAACCACACAAUUAGAGAGAGUUGUGAUUUCUCUUCUCCAAAACCAGGACAAACUGAUGGUUAAGUGUAAUGACCUGGAGGCACGAGCGAGGCGCAAAAACAUCAGGAUACACGGUGUGCCCGAGGGAUCAGAAAAGGACGAUGUGGUGGGGUUUGUAAAGGAUCUGAUUUCCACCAAACUAAAACUACAAAAUGUGCUGGAUGCGGACAUCGAGAGAGCGCACCGCGUGGGCAGUGUGGCGCAGAGGAGGUCCAGCUCAAGACCCAUGGUUGCACCGAGAGCAAUUAUUGUGCGCUUUUGGAACUAUCGAGUGAAAGAAAGCGUCAUCCAAAUGGCGUGGAAACAGAAGACCAUAUACAACGGGCAAGAAAUCUAUUUCAAUCUGGAUUAUACGGCGGAAACUCAAAAGCAAAGGAUACGGGUACGUGAUGUCGUCAAGCAACUGAGACAGAGAGGCAUGAAAGCGCAGAUGAGAUACCCAGCCCAACUGAAGAUCCUGGGAGACAACGGGAAUGGGACAAAGACAUUUGCACGACUUAAGGACGCAACAGAAAGGUUAAGAGAGCUGGACAUUAUUAUAGAAGAAGACGACGAGACAGAAAAGUUAAAGGAAGAACUGAGCCUGAGCUGGAAGACUGUGAAGGGCCAUAAAUAGCCCAAAUGCGGAAUGAACUACCAACAGUAGGUCCUGUGUGUCGGCAUACAAGCCUAAUGUGACCUUUCUCCCACCAAGACGAGGUAACUUUAAGUUGACCAUAUGGGGUACAUAUGUGUAAAGUAUAGAGCCAUAUAGAUAUUUCUAUGAUUUAUGGCUAAGGUAUACGAAAAGUUGGUUGCAGAGUCUAAUUAUUGCUGCUCUAAUUGAGUACUAGGCAACUAUAACUAAGUAAAAGUUGCAAGUGCACUUCGUGCAAUCCUCUGUUUAUUAGAGAAUUUUUUCUUUGGAAGUUAAUAAAGGGAACUAAAAGCAGACACUUUUAUUUUAUUUUUGUAUUUACAGACGCUCCCCUACUUACGAACAUUCGAGUUACGAACAACGGUACAUACGAACAUUUUUGCGGGUAUGUCGAAAAAUGUUCGGACAGAGAUGCUGUAAGUUAGAUUUUGUAUUGCGCGCCUUUUUCCGAGUAGUGCUUCUUUCCGCCGCUAAUACCGACGUGAGGCGCUGUGAGAGCUCGCCCAGCAUCCACCCCGAAUCCGGCUUCCUCUGCCCAGUUCGUCGCAGUGCCUGAGUGUGUAAACGUAUCUCCAGCGCGCUAAGAACUUUGACAUUUUUAUUGUUAAAUAUCUCGUGCAUCCAUUAUUCAAUAUGGUUGGUGAAAAGCGAAAGGCUUCUAGUGAGAGUGGAAGUGUAAAGAAGAGGCAAGCCAUUUCAUUUGAAAUGAAAGUGGCAAUAAUAAAGAAGCUUGAUGCGGGUGAGAAAAUGGUGAGCGUUGCACGUGCAUACACCAUGAAUCGUUCGACCAUCGGUACCAUUUAUAAACAGAAAGAUCGCAUAAUGGAACACGUGAAAGGUGCAGUGCCGAUGCAAUCGACGAUCAUUAGCAAGAAAAGAGGGAAAAUCUUAGAAGAGAUGGAGAAACUUCUCACCAUUUGGCUCGAGGAUCAGCAGCAGCGGCGUAUUCCUCUGAGCCUUAUGCUCAUUCAGGAGAAGGCCAAAUCUAUCUUUGAGGAUGUCAAGGCUAAGGCUGGGGAAAGCGCUGCCGAAGAAACGUUUUCUGCCAGCCACGGGUGGUUUUCCCAUUUCAAGAAGAGGGCUAAUUUCCACCAUGUGGCCGUGUCCGGAGAGGCAGCAUCUGCGGACAAAGAGGCUGCCGAGCGAUUCCCCCAAGUGUUGAAGGAGAUCAUCGAGGAGGGUGGCUAUUCGGCUAAGCAGGUCUUCAAUGUCGACGAAACGGGUCUUUUUUGGAAGAAAAUGCCAGAGAAGACCUACAUUAGCCGUGAGGAGAAGACGAUGCCCGGAUAUAAAGCGGCUAAAGACCGCUUAACCUUAAUGCUUGGGGCGAAUGCUGACGGGAGCUUCAAGCUGAAGCCGCCGCUCUCUCUCUCUAACAUAUGUAGUAUUCUCUCCAGUUGUACAUGUACAUAUCUUUAUAGAGCAUAUUAUUUUAUUAAAUGUUUAUUUUUCAGUACAAACCAAUACAGGUUACUUAUACAAGCCUUAAACAUACUUAUAUAAACCUUAAACAUACUUAUAUAAGCCUUAAACAUACAUUCCAUACAAAAUAUAGCACUGAAGCAACUUACGAACGAAUUCACCUUACGAACGAUCGUUCGGAACGUAUCUCGUUCGUAAGUUGGGGAGCGUCUGUACUUUUUUGUUUUUGUUUUUUAAGUAGUAAGUUAAUUUUAUAUUUGUGAUUUGUGGAUAUGGAAAAACAUAUUUUACUUUGUGAUGGGGAUAAAUGUAGAAUAGGAUAUACUGUCAGUGCUUUGUACAAAAGAAGAUGGAUAGGUUAAAAAUAUUUUCUUAUAAUGUCCAUGGUUUGAACAAGCCAAUUAAAAGAAAGAAGAUUCUCACACAGUUAAAAAGAUUAAACUGCUCCAUAGCACUAAUACAAGAGACGCAUUUGGGGGAUGAAGAGCAUAUAAAAUUGCAAAGAGAUUGGGUAAAAUAAGUAUAUUAUUCAUCAUACGGAAAAAGAAGGGGGGUAGCAAUAUUGGUAAAGAAAGGAGUAACUUUAGUGACAGAAAAAAUUAUACAAGAUUCAAAGGGACGAUAUGUGAUGAUAGUGGGCCAGAUUAAUGGGAAAUGUAUUUCAUUGUUAAACAUACAUGCACCAAAUGAGGAGAAUGGUUUAUUUUUUGAAACUGUGGCAAAUUUAGUUAUUCAAGAAGGAAAGGGAAUUUUGGUAAUUGGAGGCGAUUUUAAUACAAUACAAAAUGGUAAACUGGACAGACUACCUUCAGAAAAAGGAUCAAUAUCAAAAAGAUCUAGAAUACUAAACAAUAUAAUAAAGGAUAUUGGUUUGAUAGAUACAUGCAGGAUGAGUAAUCAAGCAGAGAAAGAAUUUACAUUUCAUUCAAACGCUCAUAAUAGUUAUUCAAGAAUAGAUUUUAUUUUUAUGUCCCGACAAGAUGCACAUAAAGUAAUAAACAGUGGAAUCGAGCCAAUAACUCUGAGUGAUCAUGCACCUAUUUACACUACAAUAGAACUGGAUCAAAAUUCCUUUUCCUUCAAAUAUUGGAGACUUAAUGUGUCAAUUUUAGCUGACAAUGCAGUAGUUAAGGAAUUAAAAGAAGAAUUUACUAAAUAUAUGGAAAACAAUGAUAAUGGUGAGGUAAAUUUAACUACUUUAUGGGAAUGUGGGAAAGCGGUAAUAAGAGGGAAAUGCAUGGAGAUUACUUCAAGGAUUAAAAAAAAAGAGCACGAGCAAAAACAACUGGAAAGGGAAAUAAAACGAUUAGAGUUUGAACAUGCAAAAACAUUUAAAAAAAUCAAUUUUGUCAGAGUUAAAAGCUAAAAGAGAUAAAUUAGACCAAAUGAUGACAUUCAAAGCAGAAAAUGCUCUAAGAUUUAUAAAACAAACAUAUUAUGAAAAGGGGGAUAAAGCAAAUAAGUUAUUAGCCUUUCAACUUAGAAAGAAGCAGUCGGAACAUGUAAUAACAAAAAUAAAACAUCCGGUAACUAAAGAGAUUAAAAGAAAACCAAUUGAUAUUGCUAACACUUUUGCAGAUUAUUAUAAAGAAUUAUAUAAUGACAAAGAGCAAGAUACUUUUGAUAGAAAAUUAAAAGACUUUAUGAGCAGGUUUAACCUACCAACACUGCCACCUGAACAAGCAAGGGAGAUGACAGACCAAAUUAGUUUGAAGGAAAUUAUAGACACAAUAACAAAUCUAAAGAAUAAUAAAAGUCCGGGAACUGAUGGAAUACCGGGGGAAUUUUACAAAUGUCUGAAGGAAGAAAUUGCACCAACAUUAAAAAAGGUGUAUAAUUAUGUAUUAGAAUCCGGAAACACUCCAACUUCAUGGUCUGAGGCUGUCAUCUCUAUACUGCAUAAAGAGGGUAAAGAUCCUGCCAUGUGCGAAAACUACCGUCCGGUUAGUCUACUGUGUAAUGACUUAAAGAUACUUACAAGUAUUAUGGCAAGUAGAGUACAGAAGUGUAUUUCAUCAUUGAUUAAACCAGAUCAAACAGGUUUUAUACCUGGGGUCCGUUUCACGAAGCAGGUUCAACAAACUCUGAGUUCAACCCUGAACUCUGAGUUGAUCUACUCUGAAAUAGAAAACUCUGAGUUUUCGGUUUCACAACGGCUGAUUUGAGUUGGUUAAAUCAACUCAGAGUAGUUUCACCCGGAGUUAAGUGUGUGCACCACAACUCUGAAAAGCCAGUAUCAAUGGAGUGCCGAUUCGACGAGUCACCAUGGCAACGGGGAAGCGGAGGACUACACCGCUUGAAUUGGAAAUCUUAAUGCGCUUAUAUAGCGAGUUUGAACACGUUUUUAGAAAGAAGUGCAGCACCUGCAGCUGCAAAAGAGAGGGAGACGGUGUGGGAGAACAUUGCUGCCCGGGUCAAUGUGUAAGUUUAAAUCACAAUAAUAUUACAGGGGAAGACUAUUAAGUUAUUUCAUUUAGGUGCAAUCCCGCGGGGGUGAAGCGCACGUGGCAGCAGCUGAAGAUGGAAUAUAAAAACAUUGUUCAAACAGGUAAGAAGUCGGCAUAAUCUCAUGGAGCUACCUCAUUUUGAUCAUGUUUUACAUUGUAAAGUAGCCUAAAUAUUAGGUGGCUGUUUGUCUGUGCAGUGGUUUUAUCCCACACACAGCCUAAAUGUCUGCAUCCAUAUCAUGUUCUGUUAAAUAAUUAAGCCUAUUUAAACUAACACAGACUUCUACUCAGCCAACAGAAAGAAAGGAGAUGCCCGUAAAACAGGUGGUGGCCCAGCAGCACCACCUCUAAUGGAGGCAGAGGAGCUGGUCCUAAGCCAGAAUUUGGGAAGGCCAGUGGCUGAGGGAAUCCCUGGAGGGAGCUCAUCCUCUGAGACCACAUCCCAAGACACAAGUGCUUUUAUAAAAUAUUCUGAUGGUGCUAUCUGCCUGGUGGAGCCCCUUCACACCACAACAGACCUUGUAACUGUAAGUAGGCAAUACUCCAAAGAUUUUGCCAAAUGGUAGUUUAAGUCCACUGAAACAUAUCACUCAUCUAGGAUGAAGAGGAUGAAACUGUGUCUGCUGCCUUUACAGAAGGGGAUCCAGAAAGGCAUACAGUGAGCAUGGCUGGACAGCAGCAGGAUGGUUCCUCAACUUCCACUGCACAGAUUGACACAGUGAGAUGGAUGUUCAGUGAACACCAGAGGUUCAGUCUGUGGAAUUCAUGUGCAACUGUAUAAUUUAAUGUCCUUUAUGUAUUCCCAGUUACCAGUAAAACAAAUAUACAAAAUCCACUUGCUGAGAAAAAUACAAAAAACAGAUAAAGAAAUGCAGUACUUGGACCGCCAGAUUAAGAAGGUAGAUCUGGAAAUUGAAAUACUGGAGCACAAGUUAGAGGUGGGUACAGGUCACAGGUGAGUUAUGUUAACUACUGGAACAUUAACUAAACUAGCUCUUUUAUUUGUAGGAAAUAAAGAAGACCAAAUGAAAUGUAUGUCAUGUGUUUAUUUCACUGCUGUGGUGGUGAUGAUGGUGACUUAAACUCCAAAGUGAUUAUUGCAUAUGGUGUCUCUGACUGCUCUGUU